AUGGCGGUGAAGGUGUACGGGUGGGCGAUCUCGCCGUUCGUGUCGCGGGUGCUGCUGUGCCUGGAGGAGGCCGGCGUCGACUACGAGCUCGUCGCCAUGAGCAGGGAGGCCGGCGACCACCGCCGCCCCGACUACCUCGCCAGGAACCCGUUCGGGGAGGCGCCGGUGCUUGAGGACGGAGACCUCACCCUCUUUGGUCCUACUUCUUUGGUGACAUUUCUUCAAAAAGAAAUGCAGAAGCAUAUCCAAAUUUCCUAUUCCAUUUGUACUGAUUAUUUCGUUGGAAAAUAUCGAUGCGAUCAGAAUGAAAUGCUGCCACUAAUUGUCAAUACUCCUGGCUGGGUAAAAGGUGCUGGUUUUGAUAUGCUCAUAGAGAUGCUAAGGUAUAUCUGCCCCGCAAUAGUUGUUCAGAUAUGCAUCACAGUGCAGAGCAAGAAUCUCCCUGAUGGAGUGUUUUGGCUAGAUGGUUGGCAAGCAGGACCUAUGAUGAUUAACAUCGAUGCUGCCUCGAAUAGAUCGUGA